UGUGGUUGCUGUUGAAAUUGAAUUCACAUCAGAGGCAGAGGCAGAGGCAGAGGCCCGGUAGGUGGUCAACAUCGAAUGCACAUUCACUUGCAUACUUGCUGCUUGCAUUGGCAGGGCUGGCUGUGGUGUGGACCAGCAAGCAGAGCAUAGCAGAGAUAACCCACCCACCCAGCCUCUCCCUCCCUCUUAAUUCCAGGAGCUAGCAGUCUUCUUCUUCCCCUUGGAUUCAGCAGCCAGCCACCUUACUUGAUCCAUCCAGCUUCAGCUUCCUCCUCCUCGGAUCCUUCCUCUGCAGAUCGAGUAGCUAGCCUGCUUGCGUUGUAUCUCAAGUUGAAGCAGCUACCUCUUGCAUUGCAUUGGUCCAUCCCUCCCACUCCCAGAUAAUACAAUGCAGCAGCACACGGCGGGCAGCAGCAGGAAGAAGAAGCGGAGGAGGAGGAACUGGCUGCUGCUAUCAACGAGAUCUGCUGGUCAAGGAGAAGGUCAAUGCUGCUGCUCCCAGUCCCAGGGACACAAGCUGAUGAUCAUGUCCCCGCUCCUGCUCCUCGCGCUCCUCAUCCUCGCUGCUCCUCCUCUGGCGUUUGCGGCGUCGCCCCGGAGGAUGGCGAGGAUCCAGAGCCAUCUGGACACGAUCAGCAAGCCCGCCGUGCGCUCCAUACGGGAUACGAUAGUUGCCACGAUGGCAGCUUGGAGGUUGCCUGUAGGAGCUCGCGGACGCGACCAGCCGAGCCUGCUGUCCAAGCGAUAGUUCUUACGCGUAUCGAUAACCAAAUCCGAGCCUGAAGAGUACCCAAUGCAGCUGUGGGAGCACCAUCAGUACAACCACGCUGCUGCCUACGACGACACGUUUGGCCAGGAGCUAAUAACAACACCGGAUGGCACUGCAGAGACAGGGGAGGCUGCUGGUUCCGGCGGCGAUAAUGGCCCCGCGCUCUACGACGACGACCAUGACAUGACUGCCGGCGAGGCUACCCCCGCCAGGUUCACCGACGGCGGCUUCGGAGGCGUCCCGGCCUCUACGGCGGCGAUCGCGGGCCUCAAGAAGCAGAGGCACGACGGGUCAUCAGGAGCUGACAACAUGUGCGUCAUCUGCAUGAGGCACUACAAGAAAGGCAAGCGACUCUACGUCAUGCCCUGCGCGUUCAAGCAUCGGUUCCAUCGCAAGUGCCUCAAAAAAUGGCUGUCGCGCAGCCACCUCUGCCCCCUCUGCCGCCAUGCGCUGCCUACGGAGGAUCGAGGCGUGCACAGGGGCCCGAUAUGGCUGUCAAAUGUAAACUAAUUAUAGAGUACGUUGAUCCGUGCAGGAGCAGGGGCUGGAAGGUAUAAUAGGUACUAGUACUAAUUCGAAGCCUAUAGAUUGCUGCAUAUACAUCCGAUCGGAUUAUUAUACGAUAAUAAUUCGGGUGUUUUCGCUGCCCGUGGAUUGACCGACGAUAAGCUAUGAGCAACCAAAUCAGAGGCUUGAAUCCUUUGACGAGUUGCUUUCAUUGGCAACAGGACGACGAGUCUCUGGAGAAGCAGACGCCCGAGCACAUGUUCCCCCUCAGCCAUCCGCCGGCGACAGCGGCAACCAUCCGCGUGACGACGACUCGGAGAAUCAUCGGAACGAGUACAAGAAUUUGUUCCACCUGAUGACUGGAGCGACGAUGCGUACCGCGACGGCAGGUUCGGAGGCAUCCCUGCCUCCGCCGCGGCGAUCGCCGGGCUCGAGAAGCAGAUGCUCAUCAACAUGGGGCCAACGAGGAACAAGAGGCGCCGCGGCAUGGGCGGUGAAACCGUCACGGAGGCACCGUCGUGCGCCAUCUGCCUUGACGACUUCGCACUGCUUCCACGAGGCCUGCCUAAUAGGAGAAGAAAUUAGACCAUAGAAGUAGUUUAUCCUUAUCAGCUACGUUGCUACAUCUAUUCCACCAGAGGAGGAGAUCGCCACAGCAUCUUCUUGCAAUCUGUAGAUUAGCUUCAUCUUCGUGUCUGAACUUUUGCAUUACGACAUUUCCAUAUAUUCCAGAGGAUGCAGAUGAGAACCGUAAUUUUGAUCCGAGAGUUGUGUUCUUGUAAGGGAUUAAGAAUCCAGAGAGCUUCGACUAGGGGUGGUAAUGGAUCAUGGCCCUCAUGUAUUCUUCACAAUCCAAUUCAGCCCUAUAUUUAUUUAGCUCAAAAUCAUAUAGUAUUUCAACCCGAUCCUUAAAUUUGCUAGGCUAAAUUAGAAGACCUUUUACCACCCCUAGCUUUGACACUAUCAGAGGGUGCAAGAGAAUGCAAAUCAAAACAAAUGAAGGAUCAGAAGCUUGAACUCCUCUGACAUUUGACGAAAAGGUGCGUGCAGUCUUUCUCCUCUACACAGAAAGAGCAUUGUCCAUCUGGUCUCAUGAUCUGGCCUGCUUGGCCUCGGCCUAUGUGACUUUUAAACCCGUUGUAUUGCUAACAGAGUCUGCGUUCCUGCAAUCCUUGGAACGUAUCCUGCCUCUGAACAACUGAUCUAACGUAGAUUGCAGGCUUGUAAGGUUGAAAAGCAUAUUGUGUUGCAUAUUGUAGUGGAGUUGACCUGCAACAAUCAAAGGAUUACGAGUAUAUUGUUUGCAGAAUGAUUCGCUUACCUCGAGCUAGCUAGGCACAUGGGGAGAGCCAGGAACUUUGAUAUGUUAAUUUACUCCCACCACUCGUUGUUCCUCUAGAGAAUGAGGUGCUAAUUUUCAUGAACAAAAACUAAGGUUUCGACUAAAAUGAGAUCAGCCACGCGAUUACGAGAAAAUACCAUUUCACAGAUUCAUGUAUAUCAUUCAGCAUGCUGCCAGUGCCAGGUGAUUGAUUGGAUGCCAAUGUCAGGGGACUGAUAAGCAUUCCGUGCCCAAAGAAAAAAAAAAUGCUAAGAAUACAAUACGCAUUCGUUCAGUUCCAUUCGAUUCGCUCAAGGUCAACGCACAGACCAACAAAACCGUGGACAGCUUCGUUUGCAUCCGCAAGCAAAUUAAUCCAAGUAAACGCCAGCACAACUCCAAGCUUUCACCAGUUGGCAGCACGAGCUGACGAACUGAAGGAUUGCGACACCUGAAUCUAACAAUUGCCAAUUGCUGCUCAGGAAGUUAAGACCCAGCAUCAAUCGACUGAGAUCCAGAAAGAUAGCAAUUUCACUUCAGGAUUCAGAAAGCCUGUUCGUGGAGGGAGAAAGGCAGGUACAAGUAGAACAGCUACUUGACUUGGUCUGUUAGUUGACUUUUCUGCCACUACUUUGUUGCCGGCAGUUGCAACUUACAACUUGCAUGUUCAUCCCGCUCACAAAAUUGUGCAUACGGCUGACCUGACCAUACCGUUGACCUUCCCCGAAAUGCCUAUGCCAAUCCCUAUGCAACUAUGUAGUCUGCAGUAUUCAAUACUCUCUCCCAAAUAUUUGACCUCCAUUGCGUGCGUUGUUUGUCUGCAAUGAGGCGAGGCAAGGGUGAUCCAGCGAUCGCCGCUGUCAUGGGCGUGCUCUGCGUGGCGUCGGCGGUGCUCGUGGUCGCCGGCGCCAAGGGAGGAGAGCUUACGACGCAGCUGCUGAACGGCUUCACCGCGACGCACGCGGCGGGCGCCGCGGCGGCGUUCGAGCCGUUGCUGUACGCGACCAACGGCGUCUUCGCCUUCGGCUUCCUCCGCGUCGGCACGGCGUCGCUCGACCUCGCCGUCGUCCACCUCCCCUCCUCCUUCCCGCUCUGGCGCGCCACGCCGGCGCGCCUCGGGGACUGGUCGCGCCCGGCCACGCUCACCUUCGACAGCAGCCUGGUCCUCACCGACGAGGACGACGACGUGCUGUGGCGGACCCUGGACACCAUCGGCGACGUCGUUGUGCUCCUCAACUCCUCCAACCUCGUCCUCCGGCGGUACUCGAAGCCCGUGCCGGCGUGGCAGAGCUUCCACAACCCGUCCGACACGCUGGUCCUCGACCAGAACUUCACCGCCUCGUCGCCGCCGCUCAUCUCCAGCAACCGCCGGUUCGCGUUCCGGCUCGGCAAGACGUACAUGGCGCUGCACAUGGAGUUCAACGGCGGCCGGACGACGCCCAUCUACUGGCAGCACACGGCGCUCGAGGCGCAGCCGCAGAACGCGACGGAGCCGCCGGUGUACGGCCGCCUCGACGGCCGCGGGUUCUUCGGGCUGUACCUCGAGGGCGGCGGCCAGAAGGUCGACGUGCUCUCGUUCGACACGUUCGUGCAGAACCUCACCGGCGUGUUCCGGCGCAUGACUCUCGAUGACGACGGCAACCUCCGCGCGUACUACUGGACCGACGGCGCCAAGGGCUGGAUCUCCGACUACAGAGCCAUCGCCGAGCGUUGCGAGCUGCCUGCGUCGUGCGGCGCGUACGGCCUGUGCGUCCCCGGCACGGCCCAGUGCCAGUGCCUCGACAACACCACGACAAGCACCUCCCCGCAGUGCCACGCCGGGGAAACCGCCGACCUCUGCGCCACCGACGGCCGACAGCAGCUGGACUUCGACGUGGUGCGGCGGAAGCAGGUGUCGGUGGCGUACAAGGAGGAGCUACCGCCGGAGACGAACAGGACGGCGGAGGAGUGCGAGGCGGCGUGCGCGGGCAACUGCAGCUGCUGGGGCGCGGUGUACAACGGCGCGAGCGGGUACUGCUACCUCAUGGACUUCCCCGUGGAGACGCUGGUGUACGAGGCCGACGACCGGAAGGUGGGCUACUUCAAGGUCAGGAAGGUGCCGAGCCCGAAGCGGGCGCGCAUGUCGCCGGGCGUCGCCGCCGCGACGGCGGUGCUGUCGCUAAUCCUGGCAGGCCUGGCCGCGGCUGGAGCGUACUCCGGGUACCGGCUGUGGGAGAGGAGGCGGCGGAAACGAGCGGGGAUGGAGCAGGAGCUGGUGCCGGGGCCGUACAAGGACCUCAAGACCAUGGGAAGCUCUAACAGUUCGUUCAAGUAAGGCUUGAAUCAACGAGACGGUUGGUGCGACGGAGUGGAGUGGAUUGCUCGUCCUCAGGUUGGAUGAAUCGCACAACGUGAGGUUGAUCAGAAUUCAGAGCUCUGCUCCUUGCUGAAUUGCAGAGUUUGGAUUAAGAGACUGAAUUCAGAAUUUUAGCUCAGCCCCUCCUAGCAUUCCACGCUAACGCUUGGAGUAGAGAAUGGCUGCAGAAAGUGCAGAUACAGCAUACAGCCACGGUCAGGGUUGCUUCACGCCUGCAUUGAUCUGGUCCUAAUUUAUUGGCGGCAAAUUGUUUGCGGAGGCUUUGUAGUUGUGUAUAGAAUUUUCUUCCCCGCCUAUCACCUUUUAUGUUUGUACGUGUGUAUGUAUAUCGGACUGCAAAGUCUUAAUUGUUGAUUUAAUGAGCUUGCAACACUAGAAA